GGCACCAGCAGGCAAUAAAAUUUAAUAACUCCUUUCUUGAUCGAAUCUCCUACAGCUUCUCUUUCGAAUGUAAUAAAUCUUGACCGUUAGUUCCGAAGCCAUAAAAUAAUCCAACGGUUCAUCGCCAUAAACCCGGUGCAAACGGAACAUGAGUUCGGGGCAGCCACCUCAUGGGAUUUGAAAUUCAAAUCGUUUUGGUUCCUAGCGAAUCCAAUCACAAUCACCAUUAAAAACAAACCCAUAGCAAGCGCUCUUCAACGGUCCUUUUUCCAUAAACGCCUACACAAUCUCUCUCUUUCUUUCUCUCCAACUUUGCUCCUUUAUGUUGCAAAUCGAAAAUUCAAACCUUAAUUCUCGCGUUUUUUUGGGUAAGCCCUACAUUUUCCAAGGCAAAAUUUCACUCUUUCUAAGAAAAACAAACCUUUGAGAGGAAAAACUGUUGGCUUCAAUCCCAGUUUGUUCAGGAACCAUUCAACAUGUCCCAAAAUGAUCCACUUCUUCAAGUGGAAACAACUUGUGGAACCCUUCUAUACGAACUUCAGAUAAUCUGGGAUGAGGUCGGGGAGACAGAUGCUGACAGGGAUAAAAUGCUGCUUGAGCUCGAACGAGAGUGCCUGGAAGUGUACAGAAAAAAGGUGGAUCAGGCAAAUCGCUGUAGAGCUCAGCUAAGACAGACAAUUGCUGAUUCUGAAGCCGAACUUGCUGCCAUCUGUUCAGCAAUGGGGGAGAGGCCAGUGCAUAUUAGGCAGGUCAAGAAUGAAAGGUCAGAUCAAAACGUUGGAAGCUUGAAGGAGGAGCUCACAAAAAUUCUUCGACAAGUGGAGGAGAUGAGGAAAAGGAAGAUCGAAAGAAGAAAUCAGUUCAUAGAAGUUAUCGAUCAAAUACAAAUGAUCACAAAUGAGAUUUAUGGAUCCACAGAAUCAGUUUCCUCCAAAACAAUUGUGGAUGAAACUGACUUGUCCUUAAGGAAGCUUGAAGAAUUGCACAGACAGCUCCAUGAACUUCAGUCAGAGAAGAUUGAUCGUCUGAAGCAGGUUCAGGACCACCUUAAUAUAUUGAACUCACUCUGCUCAGUGAUGGGUAUGGAUUUCAAGCUCACAGCUACUGAGGUCCAUCCUAGUUUAGCUGACUCUGAAGGAUUGAGGAGUAUUAGCAAUAAUACAAUUGAGCAGUUGACUGCAGUAAUAAAAAAGUUACGGGACGUUAAGAUACAGAGGAUGCAAAGGCUACAAGAUCUUGCAACUACCAUGUUGGAGUUAUGGAAUCUGAUGGAUACACCCAUUGAGGAGCAACAGAUGUUUCAGAAUGUUACCUGUAAUGUAGCUGCUUCAGAACAUGAAAUUACUGAACCCAACACUCUAUCUAUGGAUUUUAUCAACUAUGUUGGGGCAGAAGUUUCUCGGUUGGAAGAGUUAAAGUCGAGCAAAAUGAAAGAGCUUGUACUCAAGAAGAGAUCAGAGCUAGAGGAGAUAUGUAGAAAGACGCACCUGGUUCCGGAUUCAGACACUGCAGUAGAAGAUGCCAUUGAAGCUAUCGAGUCUGGUGCUGUUGAUGCUGCUAUCAUCUUAGAACAAAUCGAACUUCAAAUUGCUAAGGUUAAAGAGGAAGCCUUUAGCAGGCAGGAAAUACUUGAAAAGGUGGAGAAAUGGUUGGCGGCAUGUGACGAGGAGUGUUGGCUCGAGGAAUAUAACAGGGAUGAAAACCGAUAUAAUGCGGGCAAAGGUGCUCAUCUUACACUCAAGCGUGCUGAGAAAGCUCGUUCCUUGGUUAAUAAACUUCCAGGAAUGGUGGAGGCGUUGGCUUCAAAGACCAUGGCAUGGGAAAAGGAGAGAGAGACUGAAUUUUUGUAUGAUGGUAUUCCUCUGCUUUUUAUGCUAGAAGAGUAUACUAUUCUACGACAAGAGAAAGAGCAAGAACAGCGUAGGUUGCGUGACCAGAAGAAACUUCAGGGACAGCUAAUAGCGGAGCAAGAGGCACUCUACGGGUCAAAACCAAGCCCAUCAAAGCCACAAAGCAUAAAAAAGGGUCCCAAGUAUUCAACUGGAAGUGCAAACAAUAGAAGAGUCUCUUUGGGAGGAGCAAUACUUCCCACUCAUAAACCCGAUUUACUUCAUUCCGCAAAGGCUACUCCCCUGACACGUCCUAGUAGAAAAACUGAGCAUAUGUUUCAAAAUGACUAUUUAAAUCAUCGCCAGGAUGAUGCCACUCCUGCUUUCUCAGCUGUUAGGAAAGGCCUGGCCAUUGCUGAAAUUCCCGUACGAAAUCACUCUCCCAAUGCUGUAAAUGCUAAUGAACUAGAGUCACCAUUGAAAAUGCUUCAAACUAAUGAUCUGACCUACACUACUACUCCCUUGAAGACAAUUUCUUUGGUCGACGAAGAGAAUAGGACGCCAAAGGCAAUGCCUAUCCCGGUGUCUUCUACACCUUCAACAGUGUCAGUGCCAAUGCAGACAACCACGACACCAGCUCCACCAUUACCUUCCAAGCCAGUUGAAGAAAUUCCUGAAGAGAUUGAACAUUCGUUUGAGGAAAGGAGGCUUGCUUUUCUGCUGUCUAAAACACAAUUAACAUCACUGAUACAAGUAUGAUGUUUCAGACACCUUAGUUGAAACUGAAUCAAAUUGAUAAUAUUCUUUCUCUCUUUGUUUCCUCCAGUUUGUAACGGCAAAAGUCAAUUAUAAUUUGCUGUUCUGCUGUGUGUGUGUUGCGAGCCCCUGAUCGUGAACGAAAAUGAUGAAACAAUUCUUCUAACUUUUGCGAGCUUUCAAAUUCCGGUAUUCUUGAACAUAUCAAUAUUCGGUAGCAGUCAAGAAGUUUUGGUAGUUAAUUUCGAACUGAGUUGGCGUUCCUACUGUA